AUCUCUUGCAAUUGCUCAGACCCUCGCAAAACCCCCCGACUGACACAACAUCAACAACACAUGUACCCCGAUGAAAAACAUGGACAGCAUUUACAGCACUUUUUAGACCAAAGAUAACUGCAGACAGGAGGAGCUGAUGAGUUUGAGACAACCUCCUGACUAGUUUUUCAAGGUGCAUUGGGUUUUGUAUGUGUUUAUAUGUGAAUAAUUUUGUUACUGAAAGGUGAAGAAAAAUGGAUCUUACAGCCAAACAUGGGCUGGUGCUGCUCGACCAACUGAGGAAGAUGAGGGACACAGAGCAUCUGACAGAUGUAGUACUGGUUGCUGAAGGCAUCAGCUUUCCCUGUCACCGGGUCGUUCUAGCGGCCUUCAGCCCAUACUUCCGUGUUAUGUUCACGUGCGGCCUGCGUGAGUGCACCAACAGAGAAAUAUUUCUGCGUGACACCCCUGCAGACAGCCUGGCCCUCCUCUUGAACUACAUGUACUGCUCGGAUCUUCCCCUCACUAACGCCAAUGUGCAAGGCAUCUCCAUUGCAGCUUUUCUCCUGCAGAUGGAUGAUGUCUUCAGUCGCUGUCAGCAGCACAUGACUGAGAACAUGGAUGCCUCCAACUGUCUUGGUGUGUAUUACUUUGCCCGUGACCUUGGUGCAGAAGACCUGGCUGACCAUGCUCAGCGCUUCUUGAGGCAGCACUUUGUCCAAGUCUGCCAAAACGAAGAGGUCCUAGAACUGGAGGCCCAUCAGCUGGGAAAACUUUUGACUUCUGAUGACCUUAAUGUUUCUCGAGAAGAGACCAUCUUGGAUGUGGUCCUUCGCUGGGUCAAACAAGGCACUGUGACAGAUGGAGAGGUCCGCAUCCUGCACCUGCCAGAGCUCCUGAGGAAGGUCCGUCUGCCACUGAUAAACCCUGACUAUUUAAGAGAGGCGAUGAAGAGGAACACGGCCCUCCUGGCUGAUGGUGAAUGUUUAGAGAUGCUCAAUGAAGCCUUGGACGCCACAGCAAUGCAUCCUUCGGCUGCACCACGCAAACUAAAGCUGCGGUACGGCAUGGAGACCACAGAUUUGCUGCUCUGUGUCGGUAACGACAGUGGUGGCAUUAGGUCAAGAUACGGCAGCUAUGCUGAGCGCAGCUUUUGCUAUGCUCCUUCCACAGAGCGGACCUACUACAUCACUUCACCUCGCUAUGGAGAGGCUCUGGGAUAUGUGUGUGCCGGGGUUGUGACUGAAAAAAAUGACAUCAUAGUAGCAGGAGAGGCAAGUGCACGCAGAAUGGCCCGACAGAAGGACACGAAUGUUGAAGUUUACAGGUACAAAGUAGAGGCCCAAGGAAGUUGGGAGCCCUUGACGUCAGCGGAGUACCGUGAUUCAUAUGCUCUGGGGUCAUUGGGUGACACUCUGUACCUGCUGGGUGGGCAGAUGAAGCUGAAAAAUCAGUUUCUCAUCACUAACAGCGUAGAGCGAUGGUCUCUGCAAGGUGGACCCUGGCGCAGUGCAGCACCCCUGCCUCUGCCUUUGGCCUAUCACAGUGUGGUCAGAAUGAAAGAUCGUCUUUAUGUGCUGGGUGGAAGAACACCACAGUUAUAUUGGAUGGAUGAUGAGCCAGACCGUCUUAGUAACCGCCUCCUGGAGUAUGAUCCAAAGACAAAUAAGUGGACAGAGUUAGGUCCCAUGAAGUAUUCCAAGUACCGCUGUAGUGCUGUUGCACUCAAUGGUGAAAUUUUUGUGAUGGGAGGUAUCGGCUGUGAGGGAGUGGACCGCGGGCAAUCACGCCACUGCCUUGAUGUGGUAGAGAUCUACAACCCAGAUGGAGAUUUCUGGAGGGAUGGACCUCGUCUUCCAUGUGCACAGCUUUCUUUGCGCACUACUGCCCCAAAUGCAGGUGUGGUGGGAGGCAAGAUUUAUGUGUGUGGAUACUACAAAGGAGCAGAUCGUCAUGAUGUCAUAACAAAGGACAUUUUGGAGCUGGACCCCUGGGAGAACCGGUGGACUGUGGUGGCUCGGCAUGCUCUGAUGCAUGACAACUAUGAUGUGUGCUUAGUGGCAAAUCUCAACCCCAGGGGACUCAUGUCCCCACCUGCAGACUUAGUUAAACUGUGACACUCCUGUAAGAUCAGAUCAACGUCUUUUGGGAGAAUUAGUGAAGGAAAUCAAUUAUUAAUUAUUGAUGCACUUAUUGCUGGGCCAAAGGCAUAAAAGGUCUUAGUGCGCUGUUGCAUGAAAGAAAAUCUGCCGGUUAACAAUUUGCACAUUGUUACAAUAAGAAUAGACAGAUCAUUUGUAAAUACAGUCUUUUUACAGUUUUAACUUAACAUCUGCAGAGACUGAUCACCUGAAACCUGCAGCUGCGUGGUGCAAAGCAUUAUCACCAACGCCAGAAUAUAAAUUAUGGUUAUAAUUAGGGCUGCAAUUUAUGAUUGAUUUAUUUACAUUUUCUAUUAAUCUGGCUUUUAUUAUCUUGAUUAAUCAGUUAAUUGUUGAGUUCAUG